AUGGGGAUGAGGACGAGCAGGCCUGGAGUGCAGGAGAGCUUCAGGCUGCAUGCUCUACUCAAAUGUGCUGCAGUGAACGUCAAUGAAGGAUUAAAAAGGUGCCAUUCAGACAUGCCAGCCAAUGGCCCAGAUCCUCUAGGAAUGACAAUCACGUGUGCAGGUUUUAACAAGACUUUCCUCGGAUUUCUUGAGACUCCUCACUGUGUGUGCAGCAGGAGCUGUGGCCCUGGAUGGAGGCAAGCUCCCCAGUGGGGAAAGGCUGCCUGCUGCUUUGACUGCAUGUGCUCCCCAGAGAAGGAGGUGUCCAAUGCCACCAUUGAUAUGAAGCAAUGUGUGAGGUGUGCAGAGGAUCAGUACCCUAAUAGUGACCAAGACCAUUGCCUCUCAAAGGUGGUGACCUUCCUGGCCUGUGGAGAUCCUCUGGGGAUGGUCCUGGCCUGCACAGCCCUUGGUCUGCCUGUGCUCACAGCUGGGGCUCUUGGGGUCUUUGUGAAGCACAGGGACACCCCCAUAGUCAAAGCUAAUAACCAGGCUCUCAGCUACAUCCUGCUCAUCUCCCUCAUCCUGUACUGCCUCUGCUCCUUCCUCUUCCUUGGCCGUCCCAACACUGCCACCUGCCUCCUCCAGCAAAUGCCCUUUGGGCUCAUCUUCACUGUGGCUGUUUCCACCACUUUGGCUAAAACCAUCACUGUGGUCCUGGCUUUCAAGGUCACAACCCCAGGGAGAACAAUGUGGCAGUGGUUGCUCUCAGGGACCCCCAGUGCCCUCAUUGCCAUCUGCUUCUUGAUUCAAGGGACUUUCUGUGCAGUCUGGUUGGGGACCUCUCCCCCUUUCAUGGACAUAGAUGCACAUUUGGAGCCUGCCCCCGCCCUCCCGACUGUCAUGUGCAACAAGGGCUCUGCCAUGAUGUUGUAUCUUUCCUUAGGAUACUGGGUUUCCUUGGCUCUCUUGAGCUUCUCCUUGGCUUUCCUGACCAGGAAGCUGCCCAACACUUUCAAAGAAGCCAGGUGGCUGACAUCCAGCAUGCUGUUGUUCUGUAGUGUCUGGAUCGCAUUCCUCCCUGUGUACAAUAGCUCCAAAGGGAAGGUCACGGUGGUGGUGGAGGUCUUUUGCAUCUUGGCUUCCAGUGCUGGGUUACUGGGGUACAUCUUUGUUCCCAGGUGCUGCCAUAUUCUCCUCAAGUCAGAGAGGAAUACCCUGACUAAACUAAGGGGUAAAAACCAACUCUGGGGGAAAAUAAAUAUUCUAGGAGGUGCAUGUGUGUGUUACCUAAGACAAUUAGAAAGCUUGAAAAUUAAAGAAAACCCUGAAGAGUUGUCUCCCCACACCUUGCCAUGGCGGAAAACGUAUCAACAACUUAAUGUAAGAGCUCAAAGUAUAAAACGCUUAGAAGAAAAUAUAGAGGGAAGCUUCAUAACACUGCACUUGCCAUCACUUCUUGGAUAUGACCCCAAAACCACAGGCAACUAA